UUAUGCUCCAACUGAUUGCAAACUCCAAAAGGCCCUUUCCUGAUUGCUUACAGCUAAAUUACUAUUAAUCUCCUACUUAACUUUGAAGCACGAUGUAGAAAGUCCACAAAGAACAUGCUAAAUACCUUCUCCACAGAGAAGCCUACAUUUGCAAGAACUUUCAGCUUGACUUUACUAUUAGCAGUUUGAUGAGCUAGCCAGCUAGGAAACUCCUUCCUCGAUAUCUUUCUUUCCGAUCUGGCCAGUGGAAAUGACGAGCCAUGAGCAAUUCCAAAUUCAGUCAAUUUUCCGGCCCUUCCGAACCCUAAUCCAGCUAAACCAUGUCCUUCAUUUCCUUUUCUUUGGCAUAGGCUUGUCACUAGGUAUCAUAAUUACCUUAUAUUUCCAGAGCUUCUCAUUCACUACUUUUCAAGCCUCCCUAAAUUCCAUUAACAAUAUUUUUCCUUUACAACCAUCAUCACUUCAAGCUCAAUCGUCGCCACCCCCAUCACCAAAUCCGCUUCCCCCACCGCCGCCAUUUCUCAUACUAUCUUUCUCCAAAAAUGGGACAUCUAACAAUGUUUCACUCACAGAACAAAAAUUCCUUGUACACAAUAUGAGUGACAAGGAGUUGUUUUCGAGGGCAUUGAUGGUUCCUCGAAUUCAAGAUUUGCCUUACAAGCUUGUUCCGAAAGUGGCUUUCAUGUUCUUGACAAAGGGACCUCUGCCUUUGUCUCCCUUGUGGGAGAAGUUUUUCGAGGGACACGAAGGACUAUACUCCAUCUAUGUGCACGCACACCCCGAUUUCAAUGAAUCAGUGCCUGAAGAUUCUGUGUUCCAUAGUAGAAGAAUUCAUAGCCAGCCAGUCUAUUGGGGGACAUCAUCAAUGCUAGAUGCCGAGAGACGACUCCUGGCAAAUGCACUUCUUGACAUCUCCAAUCAAAGAUUUGUGUUGCUUUCUGAAUCCUGCAUUCCUCUAUUCAACUUCACAACAGCAUAUCACUACCUCAUCAACUCAAACCUAAGCUUCCUGAACUCAUUCGAUGACCCGAGGAAGCCAGGCCGUGGCCGGUACAACCCUCAAAUGUACCCCAUGAUAAACAUCACAGAUUGGAGAAAGGGGUCUCAGUGGUUCGAAGUGCACCGUGAGCUUGCCGUCCACAUCGUUUCAGAUCGGAAAUAUUAUCCGAUCUUUCAACGGUACUGCAACCCUCCCUGUUACAUUGAUGAGCACUAUAUUCCAACACUUGUGAACUUGAUGUACACUGAGUUGAGUUCAAAUAGGAGCGUCACCUGGGUGGAUUGGUCAAGGGGUGGUCCUCAUCCUGGAAAAUUUGGAUGGAUGGAUAUUACGGAUGAGUUUCUUAAUCGGAUUCGGUUCGGAUCAGAAUGCACGUACAAUGGCAAUACAACUUCAGUGUGUUUCUUGUUUGCUAGAAAAUUCUUACCUGACGCAUUGGAGCCCUUGUUGCGGGUUGCCCCUUUGCUACUUGGUUUUGAUCCAUAAUUUGUUGUAUAAUAUUUCAUUUGUGGUGUAGUUAAGUGGUUCACGUGAGAGGCGUGUGGACACAGGUUUAAGAAUAAACCUAGAAUUUGACUCAAGAAACAAUAAGAUUUGAGAGAAUUUCAUCUAAAUAGUUUGGGUGAGAGGGUAAUUGACAUCCGUAUGAUAGUUUGGGGGUUUUUUAC